CUACUCUACCAAAAAAAAAAAAAAAAGUUAAUAGAGGUCAGACACAUCCACUCACUAAAUUUAAAACCAAAUUUUAAACUAGUCCGACGCAAAUACCAAGGCAAACAGACAAAUCGAGCCGUUAUAAAAAUAUAAUACGUAUAUUAUAUGUAUAUUCAAUUAUUCAUCCACUACCAUAAAAACCUCUAAAAAGCCUAAAAAUUCCAUUAAAUUCCACCCCCCUUUUUUUCUUACAAGGAACCAAAAAGUUUCAGAAAACAACAAACGGAUCACGAGCAUUCGGUGCUUUCUAUGUUUUCCUUUCUUCUUGAAAUUCCUCUACAAUUAAUUUAAAUUGACCCCAUUUUCUUCAAAUUCUUCUACUAUUAAUUUAGCCCCUUUUCUUGAAAUUCCACCAAUAUUCGCUGAUUUUUGGGUCCCUUUUUCUUGAAAUUCAUCAUUUUUCUCCAGGAAUUGUGUCAUUUUAUCUGGUUUUAGAAUGGGAGAUUGUUUGGUGGUGCAAACGGAUCGGCUUGUGAAGCCUAAUGGAGCCGAGGUGGAACCUUCAUUGUCAAUAGUUGUAGAUGAGAAGGGUGAUGAGGAGGUGCCACUAAUUGGUAAAGCAGAGUGCAGGAUUUGCCAGGAGGAAGAUUCUUUGGACAAGUUGGAGAGCCCGUGUGCUUGCAGUGGAAGUCUCAAGUACACACACCGAACAUGUGUUCAACACUGGUGCAAUGAGAAGGGGGAUAUUACUUGUGAGAUUUGCCAUCAGCAAUACCAGCCUGGUUACACUGUUCCUCCGCGAACUGUGGCUGAGGAGACAAUUAUUGAUAUUGGGGGAGGAUGGCAAAUCUCUGGUACUCCUUUGGAUUUACAUGAUCCUCGUGUCUUGGCAAUUGCAGAGGCUGAACAUCAACUCUUGGAAGCUGAAUAUGAGGAUUACAAUUCUGCAAAUGCAAGUGGCGCGGCAUUCUGCCGAUCCGCUGCUUUAAUUUUAAUGGCUCUUCUACUCUUGCGCCAUGCAUUACCAAUGACAGAUACGGAUGGAGACGAUGAUGAUCCAACUGCUUUCUUUUCUCUUUUCUUGCUUCGGGCAGUUGGCUUUCUUUUACCCUGCUACAUCAUGCUAUGGGCCAUCAGCAUUUUGCAGCAACGCAGGCAAAGAGAGGAAGCUGCAGCAUUGGCAGCAACACAAUUUGCAGUCGUGGUACACUCUGGACAGCCGAGAGGUCUACAGUUUACCAUAGCAUCAGCUGCACCAGCUACACCAGCGGCGUCCGCUUCUGUGGACCACGUUUAAACAACAAGAGGAGAUCGCGCUUGAUCUCUUAAAUGAAAACUAAGUGCUGCCUUAUGCUUGAUUUGUUUUAUCUGUGUUGUAGACAAAUAGCACCAUCUCAUCUUUUAUUCAAAAAAAAUCAAUGUCACUAAGCUGUAUAUUAAUCGUUUCAUAUUUAUUAUAUCUAUGUAUGACAUUUUUGAUUAA